AUGACGUCCACCCUGCCAUUGAAUACAUAUAGGGACCCGGAUUACGAGCGGGCCCAUCAAAGCACGUUCGCACCGCCCAAAUCGCGGCCUGUCGAGCCUGUGUUACCACCUGGAGUAAAGCAAGCUCAAUUUGAUGAAGCGUUAAAGCAAUUUGCGUCCGCAGUGGGGACAGAACAAGUUUUCAUUAAAGAGGCUUUGGCUCACUACAUCGAUCCCUACGAAGUUUGUGAGAAUGAUGCAUCGCAGAGAAAGAUGCCAAGUGCUGCUGUGUGUCCUGGCUCGGUAGAUGAAUUGCGGAGAAUUCUUCGAGUUGCAAAUGAAUUUAGCAUCCCAUUUUGGACCUUCUCCAGAGGCAAAAAUUUAGGCUAUGGUGGACCGGCGCCCCGAUUGAAUGGGUCUGUUGCCUUGGAUUUACAUCGAAUGAACAAAAUCAUUGCAGUUGAUGAUGAGUUUGCAUACGCUGUCGUCGAACCGGGUGUCACUUUUAACGAUCUUUACAAUUAUUGCGUCAAAAACAAGAAGAAAGUCUGGCCUAGUAUGCCAUCUCUAGCCUGGGGAAGCGUCACCGGGAAUACACUGGAUCGUGGAACUGGAUUUGGAUCUAAUUCGAAUCACCAUCAAUGCAUAGCAGGAUUGGAGGUCAUGCUUGCAGAUGGAGACGUGGUUCGAACCGGACAGUUUGGCAUUUCCAACUCCCCUUCCGCUUUCCUCUCCAGGUUCACUUUCGGGCCUUCUCUUGAAGGGCUAUUUCUUCAGAGCAACCUCGGAGUGGUCACGCGGCUUAGCAUAUGGAUGACGCCUCAACCCCCGGCCUUUAUUUCGUGCUCUUUCAGCAUGCCUGAAGAAGAAGAUGUAGGCAUCAUGGUUGACGCCUUGGGUAAGAUGCGCCAAAAUGGCACCAUUCCCAACGUCGUGUGGAUUACAAACUUCGUCGAGUGGCUCUGCAUUCAGGGCAGGCGAUCCAAGUUCUGGAAAGGUCAAGGGCCAAUCCCUGACUGGCGUCUUGAGGAAUUGCAGAAGGAAUUCAACGUGGGUUUCUGGACGGCGAAAUGGGGUCUGUAUGGGCCGAAGCGGAUUAUUGAGGCUCAAUUAGCGGAGAUCGAUGAUCAGCUGAAAAAGGUCGCACCCGCCGGCACACUAACCGGGAAGCUUUUCGUCGGAGAGAAUGGAAAGCUUCUGGAGGCAGAAGUAGUUCCUCCUGAGCAUGGUCUUAUGCUCGUGGGGGUACCCUCGUUGUUCAGUCUGCCUCUUAUGGAAUGGGCUAUCCUCAAUGACAAAACCGGAAAGGCGGCCCAUGGAGAUUAUGCUCCGGUUAUCCCCUCGUCGGGAAAAAGGAUUGUCGAGUGGAUCAGAGCGUGCAAGCCGAUCUACAAGGCCGCUGGUGUUGACUUCAUGGCAGACUUCUUUAUGCAUGAACGACACGUCAUAUUCACGAAUAUGUACGCAUACGACCAGCAAGAUCCCGAACAAUGCAAGCAAGUGGAGCGGCUAUACAUGGGAAUGUUUGAAGAAUCCAAGAGGAAAGGCUAUGGAAUGUACCGCGCGCAUGUCCGCCACAUGGAUUUGAUCGCAGGAUUGAACGACUUCAACAAUCACGCAUACACUCGGGUUGUUGAGAAAUUGAAGGACGCUCUUGACCCACGUGGAAUCCUGGCACCAGGAAAGCAGGGCAUUUGGCCGCAGAAAUAUCGGCACCUGCGGGAACUUAACCCUCAGUCGCCGAGAGAGACAAAGAUUUAA